UAAUUCGAAAGCAUUAUAUUGUCACAGUGCAGGAAAGAGGGAGGUGAGAUGCAACGAUGGGAGUUUUCAUUUUAAAUCUACUAAACUUUUCGGUAAUCGUAUAGGCGACAAAAUUACAAAGCAUUGGGAGAGACCUCGUCUGACGCACUGACGUUUCGAUUUCGACCGGUUUGCGAACAGGAUGUUCAUUUUGAUAGAAGCCGGUAAGGUCAUAAAGUGAGUUUUGUAAUGAGUGACCUAGCUACUACCUCCAUAUCAGCAUCACAGAAAAGGAUCAAAGGGGAACGGAUGAUUUUAACACGCAGUUACUUUUGAAUGUCACAUAUAAACAGGGAUUGUAUCUCUUAUACGAAAUGGAUCAUUUUGCUGCAGAGUGCCUUGUGUCAAUGUCCAGUCGGGCUAUUGUCCAUGGUCCUAGAGGGAACAGGGAGAUAAAACAAGAAACGGUAUCUGCCCCAAGGAUCGGAGAAGAGAGUAAAGAUACGGUGGCGAAAGACAACUUUGUGGUGGCCAGAAUUUUAGCAGAUUUCAACCAGCAGACCUCAGCCAGUCCAUUCGACCAGACAAAAAUAAAAGACGAGAACAAACAGUCACCGCUUUCAAGCGACGAUGGAAACGCUGCCACACCUACCACCAUCAACGGUAGCACCGGUCCCAAACAAAGAGUCAGGCGCAUGAGAGGAAGCGAGCACGAAUCUCCCCAAAAGAAGCACAAAUGCCACUAUUCAGGGUGUGAAAAAGUUUAUGGCAAAUCGUCUCACCUUAAAGCCCACCUAAGGACACAUACAGGAGAGCGGCCCUUCCCCUGCACCUGGCCGGACUGCAGUAAGAAGUUUGCUCGCUCCGACGAGCUGGCACGGCACUACCGCACGCACACCGGGGAGAAGAAGUUCGGCUGCCCGCUGUGUGACAAGCGCUUCAUGCGGAGUGACCACCUGAUGAAGCACGCCCGGCGCCACUCUGGCUUCGAGCCCGGCAUGCUGAAGCGGCCCUAUGGGCCUACCUUGGGCGUGGCCGCACGCACCGGUUCGCUCAGCGACUACAGCCGCUCGGACGCCUCCAGCCCCACCCUGAGCCCUGCCAGCUCACCUUAAGCCCCACCCCCCUCAUCCAAACCCCGCCCACCCACCUUAAGCCCCACCCGCACUUUCCUUCCUGGCCAGGCGGAUGCCCGCGGGCCCCGUCACACGCGUGUUGCACACUCGUCCGCUGCCUCCUAAGCGCUAAUCCCCUGUUCGCUUGCUGCACUGUAAAUAACGGCCUGUUGUAGUGCAAUCUUUUGUGCAACUCAAAAGAAACAGAAAAAACCAAAAAAAAAAAAAUAAUAAUUGAAAACACGCCUUCCCCAGAAGGUCAUCUUUGCUUAGUAUUCAAUAUUUAUGUACUGUUUUUAGCUUACGGCACUCACCGGGGUAUCGAUAAUGUUCUUAUUUAAGUUUUUCUUUAAUUUUAAGCAACUCAUUUCAGGUUUAAAAAUAACAACAAAAAUUAGCAACGAGGAAUAAAAAAGACAGAUGAAUUGAGCGGUAAAUAAAGUAUUCUUCACCUUUAUUUAAAUUGGGGAGGGGGGGGAUCACAUCUACACCUCAGGAUUCAGGACAGUUGUUUUCUUAACUACUUACUUGACUGCACAAUACAAACAUCACUUUACUCCGAAAUUCAACUGGGUUGAAUUUUGUUCCCCGCUCAGGGACGGCUUUGCUAGCUUGAAAGAGUGAAUGCAAUGAAGACAAACACACAGAAAGCAGCCUUACACUCAACAAGAUUUGAACUCUUUUUUUCCCCUUUUUUCAUCUGUUAGUUUUCACACUGGGGGAAACUAACACUGGAUUAAUGUCACUCAGCCCGAGGUUUAAGUUCUGCUUUUGUUUCCUUCCCCCCCAAGGCUUCAUUCUCGUUUCUCCGUUUCUCAGUGUGUGGGAAUAAAACCGGAUCUCCAUUAAAACACAGCAACCUCAGUGACUCCAUUUCUGUUCUCUUAAAGGGAAACAUUUCAGACAUGAGGCCCGGGUCUCUCACCCCAGGUUAUUUGUCCUGCACUAAAACCCCAACCUGCCCAGCCAGAAUAACGAUCAACGGGAUUUUAAAUGGCUCAAAUUUAGAUGAUUGAAGUUUCAAAGCAGCUGUUUACAAAUUAAGACCUACACAUCCAGCAAUACAAGGUGUCAGUGUCUGAUUGUGGAAGAAAGGGACUUGCAACAGUUAACCCCCCCCAAGAGCACAGCAGAGCACAUGCCACACCCCCCAGGCCAACCCGAGGGUCACAUCUGUGUUACAGGACAUCAUAAACCACUGAGAAGUGGCUGUUUCCUCUUCCUGUCCCAAAAGACUGGCUCCUAUCAGCUGCAGGAAUGCAUCCAUCUUGCUGGAGUUGGGGGAUCCGAUCGUUAGCCAAUGGCGCUGUUUGCCUUUCCCGUCACUCUCAAGCUGCCAUUAGAGGGACAUCCCACUUAGGGGCAGGCCAAUCUUGGGCCCAAAGGACCCCUGGCCCCUGACAAGCUGGGAGGAUUUUGGCAGAUUCCUGGCAAGGCACCAGCGUCUAGUUAGCAACGGCUAUCUGGAAAAGACAGUGGGGCACCCCUGAUCCAGAGGCCCUAGAUAAGGGCCGGCAUCACCAGGAGCUGACCAAUCAGAAGAGCCCACACCCAGUUUCACACAACGGAAACAGGAUGCCAGCUGUCAAGCCCGGGAAGAGCCACUGCAGCCUCUGAGGGCUUAUCGAUAGGGGGCUUAACUGGAUCCUCACUGGGGAAAUGCAGGAACAGGGCGCCGUGAACUCUACCCUGCAUUGCAUCGUGGGUACUUCACUGAGGCGCGCUGAUAGGGAAUCCAGGAUUUCUGGAAAGGUGGGGCACUUUUUACAUGAUUUCAGGAAGAAGUCUUGCCACGUCUUGAAAAGACCUGCUGCAUUACUGUCCCAUCAUGGGGACGGGGAGGGGCUGCUGGCUGGUACCGCAACCCCCCCAGAGCCUCGAGAGUUGCAUUAAGAGACUGCAGCAGGGUUUGGGGGGGGGGGGGGGCUCCACGUCCACUUUGUUGCGGCCGCUGUAGUGUGUGGUAGAGUACAUUACCUCUUACCUCUGAAAGCUUUCCGACAGCUGCUUUUAAACUCUCCCUCUCAUGACAUGCUGUCUCUGUGCCCCCCUCCCCCGCUUAACGCGUCGCCCUGAAACAUAUCAGUCAGCCGGCAGAAGGGAAGAGUGCGGCCGAUUCACACUGAUGUUUCCCGGCUAUAGCAAUGCAAUAUUCACUGCUAUAAUCACCCUCCCUAGUUCUGGGUAAAGGCUGCAGGGGCCCACGAGCACUGGGGACUUAGCCAGAGGACAGAGAGCCAUGCAGCCUGAGUCACAUGUUAGCCCGCCAGCCGCUCCUCUCUGGUCAGUGUCCCCCCCCGCUUGUAUGACAAGGGAAGCAGAUCUAGGACCAUGAACGGGCCCCUUGUCUCCCCACCUCCACCCAGGCCACCUCUCCUGCUCCCCCCCCCCCCCCCCCCAGUGUUUUCCUUAAUGAAACACCACUGCAGCUGCCCUGUAACGCCAAAACCAGCUCCAGGCGGACGACCCUUGCACACCUAGGGAUUCCUCUGUGUGCCGAAACCGGAGAACGACAACCUUCUCUCGUGUCCUAGGAAUCGCCGUAAGACACAGCUCUACCCACAAUCCCCCUCUGCCUGUCACUUGAUCAGCAGUGAUCACUAGUCACAUGAUCAGCAGUGGCUGGGCUUUAAUGGCCAGUCGAGAAUAAACAUGACGAAAUCUGCCACUCACUCAUCAACAGGAAGUAAACAGGGAAGAUUCACAAGCGGUAGUUUGAUUUAUAGGUUUAUCAUAUAUAGAUGCCUAGAUAUAUAUAAACCUAUAUAUGUUAAUACUUGAAAGAGAAAAGGUUAUUAGAGGACAGUCUCCUCUGGUGUCCGGAUGUCUUGUGCUGUUUGCUACAUGGAUAAUGCUUUAGGGCUGCCACUGUACAGUUUCAUGCCCCCCCCCCCCACUCAGCUGAUCCUCUGUAGCCCCCAUGCACCGCUCGACACUGCAGGCCAGUGUAGGAGCAAACGCAUUCAGAAGGCUCCCCCUACCACCCCCAGGCUGUACGGUGAUCCCCGCACCCGAACCACUCAUUACGUCGCCGCUCUGCAAGUUCAGGGGUAAACAGCAGGUGAGCCGCGCAGUGACUUUCCCUCAGAGCCUCACUGCGAGGCCUUACUGUAUCACGCUUAUUUGUCGGGUUGCCGGCGGCCGGCUUUUGCUAGCAUACCGAGAGAAACUUCCAGAAAGAGGGAUGAAAGAUUCAGCUGUUCUGCUUUUGUUUAAUACAGUUUCUUUUGUUUUCACUGUACCAAACUACUUGAGACACAUGAGAAAUGCCAAUUUCUAACUGCCUGACGUGUAGCUCAUCAGUAUUUAUUUAGUGCUUGGCUAACAAAUUAGCAUUUAACUUCACGGUAUUGUGGGAAUAUUCAUUUUAAUCUGUAUAUGUUCUUUUAAUGGGUUGUUUUUCCCCCAAAUACUUUUACUGUUUUAAUGUCAUGUUUUGAUUAUUGUGAUUAUUAUCUCUCUGUUCUGUAUUCUGUCUGUAUUUCCAUUAUUUGUGUCAUUAAUUCAGCUCAUGGCAUCGUCCUGUCAUUACCCUCUCCAGACACAUAGAGUAAUGAAUACUGAAAAUGAAAGCGCAAACUCUUCUAUUUUACAGAGACACUGAAUUUUAUUGUUGUUAUAAAUAUUAUUAAUAAUAAUGAUAUGCUUUCCUGAAUAUAAAGGUUUCUUCUGUCUCUCAGCACAUGGGACACAGGAAGUAGCAUGAUGUGACAGGAAGUAUCGUGACCUGAAAUGAGGAGGGAAAUUGCGAGACAUUUUAGCUACUCGGUUGCAUUUCUACAUUAUCCACCCACGUAACCAUAGAGACCACAGCAUUGUGAUGUACUACAUUAUACAUAUAAAUAUAUACGUUUUUACUUAGUUGCUUCUUUUUAUAUGUGCCGAACUAUAUGGGGAACAUAUCAUACACACACUGACAUGGCGUUUCUGUGCCCAGUGAAGAAGGGAAUUUCCAAGCGGGUUGCAAUUCUUGUCCUUUUGGGUGUUCCCAGAAUCACAACAGCAUGCCGAGGGCACUGACUUUACACCGUUUCAAUGUCACACGACUGUAUGACUGUAUGUCAAAUGUGAUCGUCCCUCUUUAGCGCAGUCGUCACACAUCCGGCGUCAUAUUUACCGCCAGCACUCGACAUUAUCGGUGUACUGCGCGUGCUUCAGGAUGACGUGAACAAGUCGUGUGAAAUCAACUUUAAACCUGUGUGCCAAAGGCAGGUAGAAGACCAUUCCAUUAAUAAGACGAAAUUGGAAAAAUCCGUAGUGAUGUUUUCGAAGCGUAACAGAACAUAACUCUUUUUUGUAUGAAUGACAGAUUCAGACUUGUGUGCAGGAUUGAAUGGAGUUUUUUUCGUGUAUUAAAUCAAUUUUAGUUUUAAAACUGCAGCUGACUUGCUAGUAAUGCGCUUUGUUACAUUUGAUUCCAAUAAGAUGUUGAAUUAUCAUGCUGUACAGGAUAAAUGUAAUGCAGUUUGGUAUAGCGGAUCUCUGGUUAAUUCUCCUGCUCUGUACAAGUCUAUGUCUGUCCAUUCCGAAUCUGCCAGCAUCACCACAUGCGGCCACCCAGUGUACCACAGCUUCAUGUUAAUUGUAUAUAUUUAUUUUUUACAUCUUCUGUACACCGACUGUGAUUCAUUAAUUAUAAGUCUUUGUGAGUAAUAGACUUGGUACUUUUUUUCUUCAAAAAUGUAAACGUUGGCUUUUUUAUAAUUUUUUUUUAGUUCUUUUGUUUAGUUUAGUUGUGUUUUUCUAAGAGUGCUUCUUCUCUGUCCAGUAGGCUGGUUCCUCAGGCAAACCUUCUGCUGUUUCGUUUGAAAUCUGAGCUCUGUGAUAAAAGGGAAUUUGGAAAAACUCACUCACUGUCCAUCCUGUCGGUGUCGUUUAUGGACGGUGAAGGCUCCACAUCUCCAGACGUGGGAUUCGGGCCUGCCAGGCUUCCCAGACACCCAUCGUCCUGCAGCCCGAGCCCUUCCCAGUGAUGGCUGAAUGACGAGGACUUGGGAGUUUUGUCUCCUUGGAUACUGCUGCUGGUGGCCAUGGAAGGCACCUUGGCGGUUGCUCUCCACUGUGCGCUUGGUGUUCUCUGCUGAGGACACGGCCUCUGGAGCAGCCGUCGGCAAUGUGAACCAGAGUAGUGAACCCCUCUGCUCUAAGCUGCAUCUGGGCAGGUGCCCAGGGAGGCUUAUGACAAUAUGAGAUGAAAUCGGAGACAACUGAUUAACCAGCAACGCCUGUUGACUGGCAUGAAACGAGUGAGAUGAUAUGCUAGUAUAUGUGUUGCAAAGAACUAGACUUGCUAACCACGUUGAGUUAGUUACCCCUCCUUAUUUCAUGUAGACUAUAUUCAGGAAUCGUAACCAAAGGAAAGAUGAAAGAUGUCCCUAUGAUGUUCGGUGACUGUAUGCAGACGUCACCAUGAGAAUCUGCACGGCCGUCAAACGGCUCCCGCAUCCCCACGUCCGUGCUGACGUGCGGUUAGCUCCACCACCAUCCUGCACGCCACCCUGGCACGGCCCGGUGUUUUCCCGGUGAUCCCCUGGGGUCCGCCAGUUAUGCCGUUUUUGCUGGUGUGUCUUCACGACACCUCACACGCGUUUCGUCACAGGCUUGUUGGGUGAGCCUUUUGCCGUGACGUUUUCUUUAAAGGUCUCCAUGUUGGAACAGGACAAUUGCAGAAGCCAUGUAAUCAUUACCUUGGUUUUACUCAAUAUCUGGACGUAUUGAGGCCUGUUGAGUUUUUUCCGAUGCCUACUGCGAAGACAUUUGAAUACGUGAAUACGUGCACAUUUACUAAUCCGUGAAGAAUGUCAGUUAUACCCAGUCAUUGUUUUUCAUGGAUUAUCUGACCAGAGGCAGUAAUACUGCGUGAAGCAGUUUGGAAGCCUGAGCUGGUAACCAGCAGCUAGUGACCACGCUUCGAGAAUCCCGCUCCCCAUAUGCCUCUUUUAGCGGAUUAUAUUUGGGCCUCGGGUCAGUGGUCGUCUCGAACACUGUGAUCAUACACAGAUGUACAAAUAAUGAUGUGAGCCAGUGAAAAUACGAGGUUAGCACUGGCGGAGAUUAAAACAAUUCAGCGCCACCUUCAGAUGGUGAAGCCCGGACCUAGCUUAGGUCAUGUCUCACCCUGAAAGCCUGUGGGACAGCGAAUCCAAUGGCAAUACGUCUUAAAAGUGUGACAUGUUGGAUCAAUCUGUUCACUUACGCUCCCAGAGUCAAUGCAUGGUCUUUAUGCUGCCUGGACUGUAUCCUCCAGCAUUGCAUAGGAUUUAAUAAUUGCGAAAUCUUCAGUGUGGCUGUAGACCAUUGAGCAGUACCUGCCCUUUAGAUUCCCCCCUGAACAAACUUGCCUUUCUGAUGGAUCUCUCUCUCUGUCUUUUGUACAUCACCUGCGAUGCCUGUUCUGAGCAUUUAAUGGUGCUUAUUCGCUGCCCUGCACCAGUGUUCCCUGCUUUGUGAGAUAACUUCGGCCAGUUCAGUCCCUCCUCUCCUGUUACCACAGUAAAGCCGUGUAACAUACUUCUCAAUCAACCAAAUCACUACGUUGAAGUAUUGCCGUUGUACAGUUCCAUAAAUGAUAUAGAUCUUAAUGUGCUGGUCUGUUGUCGCUCUGCUGUACCUUUUUAUGAAAUUAUUUUUUACUUGUUAGACAAUAUAUUGUGACUAUGUCCUAUGCAAAAAAAUUAACAAAAUGUAAAAUAUUGUCUGUUGUCUUACCUUGUAUGCAUGAAUUAGUGAAGUUUACAUUUGGAAAUAAAUUCAUAAAUAAAG